AUGUCUUCCGCUCAAGAAAAGGCACACAAUGCAGCAAAAGAGAAGGCUCAUUUCCAAUCAAUUCUCAACGUCCUGGAUAUCUACCAAAUCGCUUCACUUGGUCAAAUUAAGAAUAAACUAAGUGUCUUCCAUAGCCUAGCAGAUGAUCACAAGGAAUUGCUCAAUCAAAUUGGCUUCAAAUCUCGUCUAGGGAAGAUUGAGACUGCAAUUAACGCAAACUCACUCGUUGUUAGCGCUAUCAGAAGCCAAGGAGAUGGACUGCUUGAAGAUAUGGAGCAAGAGGAGCAGGCUAGAGAGAUGGAAAAACUUGGCACGUGUGAUGGUGGACAACACGAUCAUUCGGGGCACUCAGGACACUCUGGAGACUUCGAACACUCACACUCACAUUCACACUCCCAUGAGGUACCACUCUCCCCCGCUUCCUCUUCAAUCCACCCAGAGAAACCAACACCAACUCAAAUGGAAAAGCUGCUAUCGACACUGAAGCAAUUCGUGCGCGAUUGGUCUUCUGAUGGUGAAAAAGAGAGAAGCUCUUCGUACGGCCCAAUCCUAGACACGUUGGAGAAAAAGUUCGGAAACCUCUCAAAGGAGCAGAGAUUACAAACCAAAAUUCUCGUUCCUGGUGCCGGUUUAGCUCGACUAGCAUUCGAUAUUGCCAGAAUGGGUUUUUCUAGUCAAGGAAACGAAUUCAGCUACUUUAUGCUCCUCGCCAGUUUCUUCAUUCUCAAUCGUACAACUGAACGCAACGAACACACUCUAUUCCCUUUCGCUCACUCAUCCUCCAACCACCCAUCAGCGGCUUCGCAAUUACGCUGUAUCACCGUACCUGAUGUGCUCCCCUUAGAUUACCUCCGUGGGCCAGAGAGUGAUUUCUCACUCGUAGCGGGUGAGUUCCUCGAAAUCUACGGCGGUGAUGAUGAAAAGGAGCAGUGGGAUGUUGUUGUGACAUGCUUCUACUUGGAUACGGCUAAGAAUAUUAUCGACUACAUCAAAACAAUCUCUCACGUACUUAGACCGGGAGGGCAGUUUAUCAAUUUGGGUCCCCUUUUAUACCACUUUGAAAGUAACGAAGAUGGUGAGCCGUCUAUUGAACUCACACUGGAAGAGUUGAAGGCGUUGCUACCAAAAUGCGGAUUCAGAUUAGAUGAGGAGAGAAUGAUUGAUACGACUUACACCAAUAACCCUAAUAGCAUGCUGCAGUAUACGUACAAAGCUUGUUUCUGGACUGCAACAAAGCUAUAG